UGAAAUCGAUGUUUGCCAGACACGGGAUACCUGAUGUGGUGAUCUCGGAUAAUGGACCUCAGUAUGACUGUGUUGAGUUCAAGGACUUUGCAGAGAGCUGGGAAUUCAGACAUGUCACAUCCAGCCCCACACAUGCCCAGUCCAAUGGUCAAGCAGAAAGAACAAUACAGACCAUCAAGAACCUCCUAAAAAAGUCAGAAAAUGAAAAAGGAGAUCCAUAUGUGUCUUUCCUGGAGUAUCGCAACACACCACUAGAGGGAGUAGGACUGUCACCAGCGCAGCUUCUCAUGGGACGAAGACUUAAAGGAAAGAUACCAAUGUCAACCUCACUGCUCAUUCCAAAAGGAUCAGCUCAGGUAAAAAGACAACUGAGAAGAAGACAGGAGAAGCAGAAACUUUACUUUGACAGACAGACUAAGACACUACCAGACUUGCAUGCAGGAGAGAAAAUCAGGAUGCAAAGAGGAGCAACGUGGCAGCCAGCAGAGGUCCUGCACAGACACAAACAACCACGUUCGUUUGUGGUUAGAACACCAGACGGGAGACUUUACAGAAGAAACAGGAAACAUUUAAGGAGAACGGAGGAGAAAACGUUUCCACAAGCAGAUGGACAGAACAACACUGGAGAAAUGAAUGACAACAAUGUUGAAAGACACACAGAACAAGCAAGUGCAAAUGAACAGGCUACUGCCGUUCAGGACAGUCAGAGUGAUAACCAAGUUCCAGGUUCCUUCUCGUAUAAAACAAGAUCUGGCAGAUCUGUAAGAUUACCUGCUAGAUUUAGAGAUUAAAAUCAAGAGAAGAAUUUUCAGUUAUCUUAAGUAUUUUAGUUAGCUAAGGGCAAAUGUUGGUUGUGUAAAAAAAA